AUGGAUGUUUGUGGUGAGGAGAUUGAAGCUGAGAAUAUGCGCUAUGUCUCCGAAAACACGACCAUCCCGAUUCCCCACGUUCACGAGACUCAAAACCAUGAUGGCGGCGUUAAGUCCAUCUUAAUGGACUAUAUCGAAGGCCAGACUCUGCAAGAUGCCUGGUCCAACAUGAUCCCAUCACAAAAGAUGUCUAUUGCGGAGGAAUUACAUGGAUAUAUACGGCAACUACAAGGGCUAAAACACGAGCAUCCGAGACAUUCCAGUCGUAAGAGUAUAUUCACGCGGCGCCCAGUUUACCUCGACGAGUAUUUAUUUUCGAGAUUGACUAUCUCAGUCCCGGAUCUCGUGCAAAAUUAUAUGGGAAUUAACCGGGCCGACGAUAAUAUGGUCUUCACGCACGGUGACCUGGCACCGAGGAACAUCCUGGUUGACGACCAUGGUCAUGUCACUGCAGUAUUGGACUGGGAGCUGGCAGGCUGGCACCCUGAAUGGGUUGAAACUGUUAGAGCGUACACUUUUUGCAACGAUAUUCCUGGCUGGACUGCCUAUUUAUCGGCUGUUUUCCCGCCGAAUCAUGCAACGGAGUAUACGGCUGUGGCAUUCGCUAGACAUAUGACACGAUGA